AUGUCGGAUGACGACAGCUCUAGCUCCGAUGGCGAGGCUGUUGAUACCACCGGCCUCAUCGCCACGCGCGCAAAGCGGUCUACUGCCGGAAAUCUCUACGCGACUCUUCGAGCGAAUCUUGAUGAUGAGGAAUUGCAAAAGGAGCUUCUAGCGGAAGAUGAAGAGGAUGCGGGCGACUAUGAAGGCUCAGAUCGCGAAGAUGACGACGAAGCAAUGGAAUCGUCGAGUGACGAUGAAGAUGCUGGUCCGCCCAAAGAAGGCGACAAGGAGGACCUCGAAGGGGAAAAAGAGCUGAAGAAAACGGAGCGUGCUGAGGCGAGGAAGAAGCGAAAGAUGGACGAGGUGAAGAUGCGGCUUCCAGCAUGGCAGAAGAAAAAGAAAGUCAAGCUUGCGGACGAUGUCAAGACCGAGGAUGGGGCGCCCGCCAGACCAAAGAAGAAGAGCGAAAGGUCCAACUGGUUACCUACUGCUGCGGAUAUGCCGGUGCGACAAUCGUCGCGUGCUUCAGCGAUUGCGAACAGAGAGGUGGUGCAUACGAAUUUGAAGGAAUCGGCAAUACGUUCGGAGAAGCAAAAACGGGUUAUGGCGAAUCAUGCGGAGAGACAGCAGGCGAAGAAGAGGGCAGAACUCACACAGGAGGAGAGACUGGCGAAGGCGACCAGGAUCGAGAAAGAGACUGCGAGGGAAUUUGGACGCUGGGAGAGGGAAGAAGCUGAGAGACAACGAAUACGAGAGGAACAGCUCGCUGCCAAACGUAAGAGGGGUAUUGACGGGCCCAUCAUCAGGAAUUGGAGUGGAAGUGUGCUUUGGGAGGGCGAUAAAAUCAAGAUCAAACGGCUGCAUGGGAGUCAGAAUCUCGACACGAUUGGAUACGAAACCAAAGAAGCUGAAAAUGCCAAUGGAGACGUUCCGCCAGAUAAGACCGGGUCUAAGCCAACGGACGAGACGAAUCUGUCUAUACCAGGUCCUGCUACUCCAACCUCCAAUUCCACUGCUCAACUACAAGCCACCGGCCAGCCUCUCGCACCACCCGCUCUGGCGCUGCAGGCUCCUCCUGCUUCGACGGAAAUGCCUGCUCAAGUCUCGUGGCUAGAGGGUAUCCAAGAGUACGCAGCACAGCAGCCUGACUCUGCACCGCCUGCUCUAAGUCUAACCACCUCGAAACCAAUUGACCAAGCAAUAAAUUACACUCCUAGUGCACCUGCUAUCAACGCACUAGUACAGCCGCCUUCUGCGCAGUAUCCAACGAUGCCUCUGAAGCUUCCGUCUGCUCCAUCCAAUCCAUCCCAACUGCACCCUCCGCCCAUAUAUCAUGGCUUGCCACCUACCGGAUACCAUGAGUGGAAUCUUCAACACCCUCAAACGCCACGCCCUCCGCUUCCUCCAGCGCCGCCCGCUCCACUCAUCAAAGAGCAGGCCCGACAGUCGCUAGUCAUACUCGAGCAAUUCGAGAACCUCGAAAAUGCUACCGCAGGCAAGCGGGGCGGCGCAUCGAAGAAAACGCAAGACAUGUCCACAGAGCCUACACCCAUCGCAUCAACACUUAUGUCGGAAUCAUACCCUUCCUUCACACCUGACGAAGUUCGCUAUCUCACUGGCAAGUUCAAAAAGAGUGGCAUGCCACUUGCACCUACAAGAGCUGUAUGUGCUCUGACUUGCUGGAAGGCGAAAUAUCGCGAUCCGAAAACUGGACUUCCUUAUUUUGACAUGCAGCAAUACAAGAUGAUUCAGCGUCUUCUUGCCGGUGGCUGUCAGUACAGCCGGAUUCUGGGCGCCUUCGUGGGUCCAGACUAUGGGCCGCUGGGACGGCCUGCCAAGGGCGUGCCGGAAGGAUUUGGAGCGCCUGCGACUGCUCUUGUGCCGGCGAAAUCAAGAGAUGAUGAUGUGAAGACGGAGGAAGCUUGA